AUGAAGCUCGCCUUUCCAGUCGUGCAUGGGACUGCUCGGACAGGACUCGGAGAACUAUUAUGCAUUAAGAACUAUACACCCUUGUUCCUGGGAACAUCUCUCUCCCUCCGAAACUCUCCGCCUGUACCAUAUAACCAAUACCGAUCACGAUACGAUCAACGACGAUAUAUCAGCAAUGCCACAGCCCCCUUAAAAGAAAAUGACUGCACAGGGAAGGUCAAUACCCCAUCCCAUGCAGACAACGUACCGCAACCGCCAACACUCUCGACAUCUAUAUCCGACCAAGUCCGCCUCCUCAUGCGUCGAGUCCCCUACCCCGUCGCAAUCAUAACAGCAACCGAUCCCUCCGGUCCAGAAAACACAACCUCCUUCCGCGGCAUGACCGUCUCCUCCUUUAGCACCGUCACUCUCACCCCACACCCUGUGAUCUCGUUCAACGUACGCCGCCCAUCGGAGACCUUGAAUGCUUUGCUUGCUUCGCGCCGGUUUCUGGUUCAUUUGCUUGCACCGGGUCCGGCGACUGCUACUCUGGCCAGGGAUUUCUCGAGGGGGAAUGUCACCCUCGCUACUAUGUUGAGAGGACAUGGGGAGUUUGAGUUCGCGGCUUUGCCUACUGAGAACGAGGAGGGGCGUCCUCAAAGACCGCUUCCUAUUCUUAAGCGGAGGGCCGAAGCAGCAGCUGCGAAUGAUGGUGUUGAAUUUCCUUUCGUUUUCGAAUGUACCCUACAUCCGCAGAAGAUUGAUGUGCAUGAUCACUCGAUUGUGCUGGGUACUGUUGUUCGGGCGAUCGAGGGCUCUGGGGCUGUUUCGGUGCAGGGACCGGAUGGCAAGGUCUUGGAUGAACAUUCACCUGAGCGGCUUUGUCUAACGUAUGCAAAUACUAAAUUUUGGAAGAUGGGAGGUGAACUUUAA